CCACCAUGUUUGCUGCUGCUCGUUCCCUCCGUCCUGCUGUGUCCCGCUCCGGCAACUAUGCGGGUAUCCCGCGGUCCAUGAUUGCCAGGAAUAUGAACUCCAAGGUCAACGGCCCCGUUGUCGGUAUUGAUCUUGGUACGACAAAUUCUUGCGUUGCCGUCAUGGAGGGCAAGACUGCGCGGGUGAUCGAGAACGCCGAGGGUGCCCGGACAACACCGUCGGUCGUCGCGUUCACCAAGCACGGCGAGCGCCUCGUCGGUCUCCCGGCGAAGCGUCAGGCUGUCGUCAACUCUGCCAACACUGUCUUCGCCUUCAAGCGUCUCAUUGGACGCAAGUUCAGCGAUGCUGAAGUGAAGGACGACGCGAAGCACUGGCCGUUCAAGAUUGUUCCCAAGUCGGACGGUCGGCCAGCGGUGGAGGUGGAGAACGGCGGUAAGAAGCAGACCUUCUCUGCGGAGGAGCUCUCGUCGAUGGUCCUCGGCAAGAUGCGAGAAACUGCUGAGCAGUACCUCGGCAAGAAGGUCAACCACGCUGUCGUCACCGUUCCCGCGUACUUCAACGACGCGCAGCGCCAAGCGACCAAAGAUGCUGGUACCAUUGCUGGUCUCGACGUUCUCCGAGUCAUCAACGAGCCCACGGCCGCUGCGUUGGCAUACGGUCUUGACCGCGCAGACAACUCCGUCAUCGCUGUCUACGAUCUGGGCGGUGGAACCUUCGAUAUCUCCAUCCUAGAGAUGCAGAAGGGUGUCUUCGAGGUCAAGUCCACGAACGGUGACACUCACCUCGGUGGCGAGGACUUCGACAACGUCCUUGUUCAGCACAUCCUCGACGAGUUCAAGAAGGAGAGCGGUCUCACCCUCACCCAAGACGCGGUCGCGCUCCAGCGUAUCCGCGAGGCUGCUGAGAAGGCGAAGGUCGAGCUCUCGUCGACCACCCAGACCGAGAUCAACUUGCCCUUCAUCACUGCCGACGCGUCCGGCCCCAAGCACAUCAACAUCAAGGUCCUCCGCUCGCAGUUCGAGAGCUUGGUGUCCGCUCUCAUCCAGCGCACCAUCGACCCGUGCAAGAAGGCGCUCACCGAUGCCGGUGUGAAAGCCAGCGAGGUUAACGAGGUCAUCCUCGUCGGUGGCAUGUCCCGUAUGCCCCGCGUCGUUGAGACCGUCAAGUCCGUGUUCGGUCGCGAGCCUAGCAAGGGUGUCAACCCCGACGAGGCUGUCGCCAUCGGUGCUGCCAUUCAGGGUGGUGUCCUCGCCGGUAACGUCACCGACAUCCUCCUCCUCGAUGUCACUCCCCUUUCCCUCGGUAUCGAGACCCUUGGCGGCAUCAUGACCAAGCUCAUCUCCCGCAACACCACCAUCCCGACGAAGAAGACCCAGACCUUCUCGACGGCUGCGGAUGGCCAGACCGCCAUUGAGGUCAAGAUCUACCAGGGAGAGCGUGAGCUCGUCAAGGACAACAAGAUGCUCGGCAACUUCAACCUCGUCGGCAUCCCUCCGGCGCCCAAGGGUGUCCCCCAGAUCGACAUCACGUUCGACAUCGACGCAGAUGGUAUCGUCCACGUUACUGCCAAGGACAAGGCGACCAACAAGGACCAGUCGAUGACGAUCGCAUCGUCGUCUGGCCUGAGCGACAAGGACAUCGAGCGUAUGGUUGAGGAGGCCGAGCAGUACGCCGAGACCGACAAGGAGCGCAAGCAGCUUAUCGAGGAGGCGAACAAGGCCGACUCUGUCUGCGCCGACACCGAGAAGGCGAUCAACGAGUUCAAGGAGCAGAUCGACGCUGCUGAGAAGGAGAAGGUCGAGAAGCUUGUCACUGAGCUCCGCGAGCUCGCCGUCAAGGGCCAGGCUGGCGACGCCUCCGUCGACGCCGAGAAGAUCCGCGAGAAGAUCAACGAGACCCAGCAGGCGUCUCUCGGUCUCUUCCAGAAGGUGUACGAGAAGCGCAGCGCUGAGGGCGCGGCGUCCGAGUCGUCCAGCGAGGAGAAGAAGGAGGAGAAGAAGGAUUAA